AUGUCUAGAAUUACGGGCCAUUAUUUUACUUGUGCCGGUUCUACGUGCGUGUGUUUGUGUUUGCGUGCGUGCGUUUGCGUGUUUUGUGUGUGUGCGUGUGUUUGCGUGUUUUGUGUGUGCGUGCAUGUUCUGCGAUGUUUAUCAGUUUGUACUUUUGUAUUUAGCAUUCAAAAAAGCUUUUUUUAUAUAACAUUCGUUUGUUUCAACUACAUAUGUAUGUAUGUAUAUGUGCGUGCGUGCGUGUGUGUGUGCCAAUAUGUGUGUUUGAUGUAUGUUUGUGCGUAUAUAUAUAUAUAUGUGUGUGUGUGUGUGUGUGUGUGUUUAUAUAUAUACAAAUAUGCAAUAUUUGAUGAUAUAUAUUUAUAUAAAUAUUUGAUAAAAUCUAACGAAUUUUUAGCUUAUGAAAGUUUACGAGCUUUUCAAUAUUUCUAA